GCUACCAUCAUGCUAAAGAGUUAGCCACGAAGCAAAGCAGUUUACAUGUAUUUAUGGCCAUGAGCCUCACUUUACUUUAUGCGGCGUGUUUAAUGAUUAUAGGUGGUGUAAUUGGACCCAAGACUGUUUACAACAGCGUGAUUCCAAUAACAACUGAAUGUGGAGGAUUUCAUAAACGUUGGCUAGGCUUGAGAGCAACUAGCUAGCUAACUAUCCAGCUAACGACUGUUAGCUCGCCAAAACAGUUAGCUUUGGCUAGCUAACGUUACCUGCCAUAUUAUCCAUCCAUCUGCAAGAUAUCAGUCGGCGUCUCGUCGUGGGACACUAAAAAGGGAAAACCAUGGAUAAGGCGGAUUUCUUAAAGGGUCUCCCCGUUUACAACAAGAGUAACUUCAGUCGGUUCCAUGCAGACUCUGUGUGUAAAGCAUCGAACCGAAGACCGUCCGUGUACCUCCCGACACGUGAGUACCCCUCAGAACAGAUUAUUGUCACAGAGAAAACCAAUAUCCUCCUGCGCUACCUUCAUCAUCACUGGGACAAAAAGAACGCAGCGAAGAAGAGGGAACAGGAGCAAGGAGAGGGAGGGAGUCCAGCACCUCCACGCAAAAUCGCCAGGACAGAUAGCCAAGAGAUGAACGAGGACUCUUAGGAGUGUGUGUGUACAGAUGCGUGCAUCUGUGGAGGAAGCACACGGACAGGCCCACCAUGACAGACAUGAAGACAAACAAUCUGAGAAAGAGUCCGCCCUGGUUUGGGAAAGACGUAACAUUUUUUUCUUUUUUUUUGUUACCUUUUGCAAAAAGCUUCCUGUCAGAUCCAGUGUUGUUUUCAGCUUCACUGCCCAGCCUUGGCCUCAUGAGGGCACUGCAACACCUUUCCACAGUUUGCUUCUGCAGACCCAAGUAUACAUUGUGAUUGUGAACUGCUGCCUGCCACAACCCGGCCACCACAACAGGGGAAGAAACUACCUCCCAGACUUGUGUUAAUGUUCAAUAUGCAUUAUCUUCCAUGAUUCUGUUCUGAAUUUGUGUGUUUUUGAAGUUUGUGCUGGCUUGUUUUACCGUACAUUUUAGGACUGAGUUCUUUAAUCUAUUGCCUCCUACUGGUCAAUAGGGAUAACAUGACAAGUGACUCAACAGCUUACUAGCUUAGUUUGAAUGUUUGCAGCUUUCUGGCAAUGUAUGCUGUUUAAAAGGGUAUUGUAGAAUGACAAGACAAAUUGUUUUAGUCACCAGGUGUUGACUACUCACUUUACCAGAAUUGUAUGGAAUUUGUUUACACUGUAAUCGGUGUACCCAUUAUGUAUGUUUGUGAAGAUCUCACCUUACCAGCACAACCAAGUGAUAGCAGAGGUAGAGCAAAGAAUAGAAGCCUAUGUCAAUAUGAGGGGUGGUGAGAGAAUGUUGUAUUCAGUAUGAAGACCUGUGUAAAUAUUAUAGCCAGUGGAAGCUGUUAGAUAUUAAGAUCUAGGCUUUAUAUUUCUCUAAAGAAAAUGACAUUGCAUCUGACUUUUGUCAAAUAAAUCUAUAUGUGGCUA